AAGUGGAAGUUCUCUCCUUCCUUCAGAGAAAGGUACCUCCUUUGAUGACCUGUUCUUUCCACUGGGAUCUCACUCACAGAGAUCUUUCACUUAGGUCAUUUUCUUUUUGCCAGAGUGUCUUGGCUUUCCAUGCCUGAAAUACUCUCAUGGGCUUUUCAGCCAGUUCUGAAUGCUUUAAGGGCUGAUUCUGAGGCCAGAGUGCUGAACAAACAUAUUUUGAUACACUUCUCCCUGGCUUUGCACUCAUCUAGGCUGACACAAUCUCUUAACUGUUUGUGGAGUUCUAACAAAGGCAAUUUGGUCCAAAAUGUUGGUAAAUCCAAUCCCAAUGAGGGAAAUGAAGAGCUAGAGUUUCCUAUAUCAUCACCUUCUUGAUGUCACUAAUCUCCAAAGUAUACUGCAUUAAAGCCUUAAUGACAUAAUAACACACAUUAAAAUACCUAAGGAAAAUACAUUCUGGUGUGCAAUGAUCAUUUACUUGGAGAGCAAACAUCAGAGGCCUCUGUACUGGCAGCAUUUGUUGAAUGCUUACAUCUGUUUGUGACAUCAUAGUGAGAUUCUGCUGGAAGAAGAGAAAUCAUGGUUAUUUCUUUGGACUACAUGACUGAUGAUACACCAUGGAGCAGUAUGGUAAACUGUGUAACUACAAGAUGCAGAGAUACACCCACCCAACUGACAGUUCUGCAGGAAGAUGUGGCUGAGAGCAGAUCAUUUUAUGGGUUGUGUAAUGUGCUGGGGAGAAGAUAGAUAGAUGCACAGCCUUGUGGUGCUUACACACCAACGUCAGAGACCCACUGUUCAGUGCUUAAGUGCUCAAGAAAUUCUGAGAAAAUAUCCUGUGCAAUCUUAAUGUUAGUGCAUGGGGCAAGCAUUUGGCAGGGCAGUUAAGAUGCCACUGGGGAUGCAGGCAUCUUAGUUUUGAGUGCCUGGGUUUGAGUCCUUGCUCUGCUUCCAGUUUUUACUUCUUGUUACUGUUCACCCUGGGAUGCAUCAGAUGAUGGGUGAAGUAUUUCUGGCUCUGCCACCUACAUGGCAGACCCAGGAUGAAUCAUCAGUUCCUGGCUUUGCCUGACUCAGCACUGGGUUUUGUGGGCUGGGGAGUGAAUCAGUCAAUAGAAGUUUUCUCCCUUUGUCUUUCUGUUCUUGUUUGUCAUUCAAAUACAAAGAAUGACUUUUUAAAUAAGAAUACUGGUUCCAGACUAGGAAAUACUGUGCCUGUGUCUUCUCUUUCCAGAGUCAUCUGUAUUAGGAUGCCCAGACCUGGCUGUCUUCCUAACUGUCCUGAGGAGAUAGCUCAGCCCUCAUCGCUCACUGGGAAGACAAGUCAAUGGACCCUCAUUCCCCAGACAUGUCCUACAGCAGGGGUGCCCAGAAGCAUCAGCAAGUCAUCAGAGUCUGGGCUACAUGGGCCUACAGGCUAAUUAGGAGCUCUGUGCAUUGAGCCCCCAAGGUCCUCUCAGCGCAAGCAAUGAGCCACAGCCUACAGACAAUGACAUUGCAGUGGAAAUAUAAUGGCCACUCCUCCCCAUGUGAGUGUCUGCAUCACGAAGCCCCAGACUGAGUCUGUCUCCUUCCCUGUCCUGAGUCCAAAGCCUGAGGCUCCCUUGAACUCCAGGCAGAAGAGCACCAAUGGAACCAGCACCAUUGAUCAUGCCUCUGCUGAGACUCAGCACAGCCCAUGAUUCUCAGAACCACUGGAUGUCUCUUCAUGACAGCAGCCUGUGCAUACCUAAAACUGUCCCCUGAGCACUCAGCAAUGUCAUGAAGGUGAUGGUGAGGAGGAGGGGGAGGAUGCCGUGACCCUAACAUCACACAGUUUAUUGAGGGCUUCCUAAGUGCCAGGCUCUGAACCCUAGGUUCUAAGUAGCUUGUUUCAUUGCAUCAACAUAAAACCAUGUUCUGUUGCCCACAUUUAUUGUUAUCUUACAGAAGAGGUGAGGAGCCCUGAGUUUUUGUGUAACUUGUCGAAAGCUGUGGGGUAGAAAAGGGUGAAGUCAUGUUUGAGACACGUGGGUAGUUUGUAGACACGGGGAGCAUGUCCAAUAUUCCCCACUGAUAUAGCAGCCAUCUCUUUCUCUUUCCUGUCACUCCAGGAAGGGACCCCAGUUCAUUGUGAUCUUACCAUGGGGUUUCUUGGUAGAGCAGAGUGAGCAGCAGUAGGUAAAGUAUGGCUGAGUUCAAAUGCACAGAUAAGAGAAAGAACAAGCACAGGGUCAUUCUGGGGCUUCAUUCUCAUUUCUCUCUCUCUCCCUUUCAUUUCAAGAUUUCACCUCAGCCAUCCACUUUGUCCCCAACUCUUGAAAUCACUCACUUAAUCUGAGAAAGAGGCAUGCGGUUUGGGUCUUGGGUUCCAAGACCAAGGAAUGCAUUAGCAUUGCCUUUAGGCAGCUGAAGUUAGAGAACUGUAAUCCAACCAUCAGGAAAUGGCGUCAUGAAAAUCUUUGAAUUCUACAUAGGAUGAUGGGAACUCAAAGCUGGUGCUGGGUCUUCCCUGAGCUCCCUUACUUCAACUACAGGCAAGAAGGUUUUUGAUCAGAAAAACCAAAAGCAGAAUGACCAGGCCAUGAAAAGAAACAGAAUAAAAGCUUUAAACAAGUUUAAAGCAAACAUCAUCUAUAUAGCAUUUUUUUAAGAAAAAAAAAACUGAGGUUAUAAGGGGUGCAUAUUAAAAUAUUUGAAAAAUGCCGAUGGCCCUUAAAGUUCCUUAUUUUACAUCACUGUCAGGUGCCUAGUGUAGUAGUGUUACAUUGGAAGUCACUGAUGUCAUGUGGUUAUGUGUACAGAGAUAAACUACUUUUAUCAAUAUUUGAAGUCCACAAAACAAAUGAAAGGAGUUAUAUAGUAAAUGAUGCUAAAGGACAAAUGGGAGUGGGCAUAUAGCAUUGUGGUUAAGAUGCCCACCUCCCACACUGGCAUGCCUGGGUUGGAUUCCCAGAUCUGGCUCCUCAAUCCAGCUUCCUGCUACUGCAGAUGAUAGGAAGUAGUGGUGAUGAUCAAAUAUUUGGGCUACUGCCACACAUGUGGAAGGCCUGGAUUGAAUUCCAUCUCACAAAGAUUCUGCAUGGGAGAAAUCACAGCCAUGGUAGUCAUUUGGGGCAGUGAACCAGUGGAGGGAAAUUCUCAAAUCUCUAUCUGUCUGUGUCUCUGCCUCUCAAAAUAAGCAGACACACAAUACUUGAAUGACUACUUCCAUCUACAAAGGAGGGCAAUCAGAAGAGCUAAGAAUGAUAAAAACCCUAGAGGGCAACUGAUACCCAGCAAUAUUUCCUGAUUGUGAAUACCCAACUUUAAUUUGGUGAUUAGAUAAUGCAGUUCUAGCUAUUAAGGGUAUUAUAAUUAUUUCAAGUCAAGUAAACUAUACUGUUGGUUACAAGAAAAUAAGGUACACAGCACACUGUUAGCAAGAAUGUUUUUCCAAAUAGGGACACUUUUUAUUCUUCCUUUUUAAAAGCAAACGGUGCUUCACCAAAUGAAAAUUUAGCAAGUAGAAAAGCACAAAGACCCUAGUUUAACAGAAAUAUAGGCAAGUGAUAUAAAUAGUAAUUGAAUGGAAAGACGACCAUUUCACCCAUAGAUAGUAAAUGUUAAAGUAAUCACUGAUCAUUAAAAGUAUAGAAUAACAUAUUUUAGAUUAAAAAUAUAUUAUCUCAAAAAGGAAAGAAAGUGAGCGAGGAGGGAAUGAAGAGUGAAUAUCAUUAUAUUGUAUCUAUGAACUAAAUUAAAUCCGCUAAAAACUAAAAAACUAAAAAUGAAUUCAAAGAAUAAGUUACAAUUGACUGUGAUCAUGGACUUAGUCCUUCUAAUGUUUAUGGUCUUCUAAAAUUUUUCAUUUGAGUGUCUCUAAAGUAGAUAUGCAUGGAAGGAGCUGAAUAACAUGAAAACCAAUCAUGUAAGCACCCUAAGAAGCCUGAGUGUGUUACGCUUGAGAAGACUGGAAGAAAUUGUAUGCUUACCAGUGUAAAUAAGAAGGCAAAACACAUCAUAAAAAUUAUGAAUUUCAAAACUGUAUAGCACCAGGUUAACAUUUUCUUUUAAUUCUGUUUAUUGUAUAAACCUUAGAGUUACUCUUGAACUAUCUACAUGACUAGCUGAGUUGAAAACAUAUACAGAGUGCUGAGUGCCUGUUCAUCAGUUUCCUUUUACAAACACUAUUUUCUUUUCCAGAAGGAAUGCAGGUUAUAUUGAAACACAAAAUCUUACACGUGUCUCAGAAUUCCAUCUCUUGGGAUUCUCGGAGGAUCCAACCCUGCAGUCUCUCCUGUUUGGGCUGUUCCUGUCCAUGUACUUGGUCACGGUGCUCGGGAAUCUGCUCAUCAUCCUGGCUGUCAGCUCAGACUCCCACCUCCACACCCCCAUGUACUUCUUCCUCGUCAACCUGUCCUUGGCUGAUGUGGGUCUCACCUCCACCACGGUUCCCAAGGUGAUUGUGGAUGUCCACACUCACAGCACAGUCAUCUCCUAUGUGGGCUGCCUGACACAGAUGUCUUUUUCCAUCAUCUUUGAAUGCAUGGAUGAUUUGAUUCUGACAGUGAUGGCCUAUGACAGGUUUGUUGCCAUCUGCCACCCUCUUCAUUACCAGGUCAUCAUGAACCCCCAACGCUGUGGCUUCUUAGUUUCAGUGUCAGUUGUGGCCAGCCUUUUGGAUUCCCUGCUGCACAGUUUGAUGGUCUUGCAAGUUACCUGCUUCAAGGAUGUUGAAAUUUCCAGUUUCUUCUGUGACCCUUCUCAGCUUCUCAACCUCACCUGCCUUGACACGAUCAUUCAUGACAUAUUCGUAUGUUUUGUUGGUGUCGUAUAUGCUUUUCUCCCUAUGUCAGCACUCUUCUUCUCUUAUUAUAAAAUUGUUUCCUCCAUUCUGAGGGUCCCAUCACCAGGUGGGAAGUACAAAGCCUUCUCUACUUGUGGCUCUCACGUGUCAGUCAUUUGCUUAUUUUAUGGAACAGGCCUUGGGGUCUAUCUCAGUUCAACUUUCUCACUUUCUCUGGGGCAGGAUGCCUGGGCUUCAGUGGGGUACACUCUGGUCACCCCCAUGCUCAAUCCCUUUAUCUACAGCCUGAGGAACAGGGACAUCAAGAGGGCCAUCUGGAGGCUCCUCAGCAACACAGUCUCAGUGCCAUGCAUUUGGAGUACUGGUUGGAAAAGCAGCAAAACUGAGUCCUAGAACUACACAUCUCACCUCCCUCAUUCCAUGGCAUUUGAGGCUCUUUUCUCUCCAUACAUGUGCCUUAAAGUGGCCUCUUUUGGUGUUUUUGGUGGAGAGCAUUAUAGAAUUUUUGUUCAUGUUAACCACAGGAUGUCUGAAUCCUAUGAUACUAUAGGUUCCUGUUGCUAAUGCAGACAUCCUAGACAGAUGAACAACUCUUUUUUUUAAUUUAUUUAUUUGACAGGCAACUUAGAGAGGGAGAGAGGGAGAGAGGGAUAGAGGGAGAGAGGGAGAGAGGAGAGAGAGAGAAAGGUCUUCCUUCCAUUGGUUGACUUCCCAAAUGGCCUCUAUGGCUGGAGAUGUACCUAUCUGAAGCCAGGUACCAGGAGCUUCCUCCCGGUCUCCCAUAAGGGUGCAGAGCUCAAGCACUUGGGCCAUCUUCCACUGCUUUCCCAGGCCACAGCAGAGAGCUGGAUUGGAAGAGGAGCAAUCGAGACUAGAACCGACGCCCAUAUGGGAUGCCAGUGCUGCAGGCAGAGGAUUAACCAAGUGAGCCAUGGCGCUGGCUUCAUUUUUUUUUUUUUAAGAUUUAUUUACUUGGAAGUCAGAGUUACACAA